AUGAUAAGGAAUCCCGGAUCUGAUGAUGGCAUCCCAGAGAAAUCGAGAGCAAUCCUCAAAUAUUCAAAGCGAGACCAUUGCAACAAAACCGUAGAGAUCUACGAAGAUGUGUCCUCGCCGCCCGUGACUGCAGAAAACUUUGGGAGGCCCCUUACUUGCACUUAUAGGUUUAGAGCGUUCCGUGGUUCGCCGAAAGAUUGGAUCCUUAGGAUUAGGUUUAAAAAAUUCAAAGUCGGUACAUUGAUCAACGGUACCACGUGCCAUAAAGGCUACAUGCAGAUCGUCGACGGCAACGCCAAAACGGACGUUUCGAACCGAAAGGAGCCCGGAUUGUUUUGUGGCGAGAUCGAGCAGCCGCAGACUUUCAUAUCGGAAACUAAUUUCGUCAAAAUCGUUUUCCACGCCGACAAUUUCACGGACCAAACGUACUUCAGCUUCGAUUCGAGAGCGGAACAACAGUUUGAAGUUUACCUCAGAUACGGCCAACAUCCUGAACUGUAUCCGAAUAGAAGAGGGGAAGUCGUAGCUGGAUCUUACUGCGAACGUGUGUUUCGUGAUUGUCGACUUCAAACGUGCUACGUGCAAUCCGCUGCAUAUCCAGGUGUUUAUCCAAGAAAUCUUCACUGCAGGUACCACCUCAACACAAGGCUGCCCUACAUAAAGCUGUACAUAGAGAAUGAAGAGUUUAAUAUAGAUGGGCAGCGCUGCGAGAACAUAAUGACUUGUCCCAUGAGACCUAUAACAUCAGGUUCAGAGAACUGUCCAUAUGAUUACAUAAGAAUAUAUGAUGGAAAAGAUGAGUCCGCUUCCGUGAUCGGUACUUUCUGCGGUAUGGGAAAGUUCCCCUACUCCAUAAUCGGAACUUCCCAAGAUUUGUUCGUCGAGUUUGUCAGUUCACCAGCAGGACCGCUCCUCAAUACUGGAUUUCAUUUCAAUGUCGGUAACUGGCCCGGCCACGUCGAGGCCCCCGGUUCAAGAGUUGGUACAUGUGACUGGCUCCUCACUGCCGAAUCUUUGAAGAAGUCCGGUGACACUGAGGGCAUAUUCUUAUCAGUCGCGCACUGGUAUCCACCGCACACAUCGUGCACUUAUCUAAUGCAAGGGUUCCCGGGACAAGUUGUGAGAUUGUACUUUCCAAGUUUUCGAAUAAACCGUAUAGAAUCACCGAUUGUUCCCUGGAAUGGCGAUUGUGGAAAUGCCAUGUUUGUUAGGUUUGAGAGUAAAACCGGAAGUUACAGUGGAUCAUCACUAUAUUACUGGGCUCACUAUGACUUUUUCAAUAACACCCGAUUUGGUGAGCCGGUGCCAGGAACUGCCUGCGAUGAAGUAAUUGCGUCAUGGAAACAAAGAAUCGGACGUCUGAGGUCACCGCUCAAUACUCUCGUAUACAAACAAGCGCCUCCAGGAGAAGACGUUCAUUGCCUUUACCGAUUUGUAACUGACAAAAGAAUAUUUGCAAGGGUCAUAUUAACAAUUCUUACCGUAAAUUUUAAGGAGCAUCCUUAUACAGCAAUCUCCUGUCAGAAUUGUUACGAAGAUCGUGCUGACAAACUCAUCAUUUGGGAACCGAACCCUGGUGGUAGAAUUGCAAAUUUAUCAAUAGGAAUCAGUACUACGCCUCUACCACUGCAUUUAGCUGUACAACGGUCACUUGGUUCUUGUCUCUGUGCAAAACAUGCAAACACAGUUUCGAGAGCACGCCCCUAUCGUGUAGUUUCAUCAGGGGAAUCGUUAAAUUUACAACUGAUAGUUGACAAUGCUCACGCAGCAGCAUCAUAUUUCAAAAACCCAUCGCCUCUUUUCGAAGCUCGCUAUGAAUUCGUUCACGGGCCUCUUUGUGGACCAGCCGUGUUGGCAGCAGCUUUAGACGGUGAAAUUGUGUAUCCGUAUUUAGAGGCAUUAGGUUACACGGAACCGCCUAAAAGGAUUCAAUGCAUCUGGGACCUUGAAAUAGAAGAGAAAAGAGAUAUUUGGCUGCAUUUUGACAGCAUUAAAUUCGCAUCCAGACACUGUGAUGAUGGUAACAUUCAGAUAUAUCUGCCAGGAAGAAUUGAGCCGUACCUCUCGAUAUGCGGAGAAAAUGUUUCUUUGGCCCGGGAAUUACCUAUACUGUCAGCUGGUGAACUAGGGUUUGAGUCUUUAGACGAUCCACUUGUUAUUGAAAAAGAAAAAACUCGAUCCAUUAGAAUUAUCUUUAUUGGAAGUGCUUCCCCAGCACGAGCCACUUUUAAAAUAGCUUGGACCGGCUUAUAUCACUUGCCUAAAAAUUCAGAUGGUACUUUGAUGACAUCACGAUUGACGGACGGCGGAGUUAAGUCAAGUUCUGGGCAGGGUUGUGAUUUUAUAUGUCCUGGAGAAGACGCUCUUUGUAUUCCAGCAAGGUUGAUAUGUAAUGGAGUUGUUAACUGUCCUAACGUAACUACCACUGAGCGGAAAUUCUGGACGGCGGAAGAAAAGCGAGCUCGAGAAUCGUAUUCAGAGGACAGUUUGCGUAGACUUGGUUAUCUGGAUGCGUUAAGUGGUGUUCCUUUAGGAAAGUUGCACGACGAAGCCCCAGAGCUUUGUGCCGGAGCAAGGAGUGCUGGUGGAAGUGACUGGAUGGCGCCUGCCUUGGGGGCUAGUUUGGCGAUUGUUCUAGCUGUUUGUGCGGUGGCAGCCGCGUGGCGCCUUUGCUGCCGCAAACGAUCUCCGGAUGAAGAAUCUCUGGAUUAC